GUCCUCUAUAUUUCUCUAUGGUAUAGUGUUUGCGCUUAAAUGUGACGCAAUCAGUAAACGACAGCAAACUAAUGAGACCGAUUGUUUGACAAGUGAUUCGUUUGAUAUAAUUGUAGUAGCCGUGCAACUUGUUUCACUAUUGCAGAAAUGUGGUAAUGUAUGUGCUUUUAUGUGUUUCUAUUGGCGAGUUAUCGUUACUGGAAAAAUUAGUUUCUGUGCAGACCGAUAGCUUUUUUUUCCAGACAUGGAAAUAACAGGAAUAACCAUUUGUGUUGGUAGCUAGUCAGCUUGCUAUGCUAGCAAGCUUGUUCACCCCUCCUACGUUAUCGUGGCUCUUCUGCGUUUUGAUGUAACAUUCACACACAUGACAGCAAACAGAUAAAUAUCCUUGCCUUAUCCAACCAGCUAUUGCAACACGCAAAAGUGGUUCCAAGUUAUAUUGUAUACAUGGCUGAGCGCCGAAGACGUGGAUGUCGAUUAUGGCACCUCGGUUAAAUACGAAAUGCACAUUUCAGUUGAAUGCAUUCAGUUGUACAGCUGACUAGAUAUCCCACCUCUUUCCCUUCACAUAUUAGCUAGGUAACUGGGGCGGCAGGUAGCCUUGCGGUUAAGAACGUUGGGUAACCGAAAGGUCGCCAGUUCGAAUUCCCAAGCCGACUAUGUGCCUAAUCUUUCCUUAAGCAAGUCACUUAACCCCAGUUGCUCAUGUAGUCGCUCUGGAUAAGACCGUCUGCAAAAAAAAGACUUAUGUGAAACUAGAAACAAAAUAGUUUGUCGUCCUAAAAACCGGAAAUUAGGUACCUCUGGUUGUCAUUCAUAUGGGGAAAUAAUACGGUUUUGGGAUGAACGCCGAAAAUAAGGUCUGAGGUUUAAAUUUACACAGGUUUAGGAGAACGUAUACGUUUUGUUCUAUGAGAAGUCAGUUAACAUAAUCGUGAAUUAUUAAGCCAUAUGUGCUUUAUGUACUUUUUUAUUACAUAAAUGCUUAACAAUUCAAAGUGACGUUAGCUCUUAGAUCAAAACGUAUACGAUAUUGUCCAUGAAAAGCUUUGUCCAACGAACCAUGACGGAGUUAGUGCCUACAAAAAGACGCCAUUAUUAUUGCUCUCUAUAUACCCCAUGUCCCGGACCCAAGGUAAGGCUGGACAGUGCAUAUAAGUAUGCCCCCAAUCCAAGUCUGAAGUGUAGUACACCCACAGUGCGAUUUCAAAUUGUUUUUUUUGUUGUCUAAUUACCUGUUGUCUUUUGUUGAAUUUAUAUACAACUCUCCAACCUUGUUUAGCAUUACUUUGUCCAAAUAUGGCAUGAUUCCACUAUUUGUAGCUGUUUACAUCACUUUUAAAUGGUGUGGCUUUAUAUUUUGAAAGCCACCAGCAAAUUUCAGUUGUGGCUAAUCCUUAUUGUGGCUAAUUUCACAUGGUUGGUAACUAGUCCAACAGCAACUGAACUUGCCAGGGAGAUGUUUUAUUUGUUAGACAUAACCAUUAUUAGCUGUAAUACAUGUUAUUUUAGCAAUGCAUUAGCCUAAUAAAUAGUAUGCCAAUAAUAUUAAUAAUUUACAUUUGGAUAUUGUCUUUAUUUAUGUAAUGAUAGACAGUAAAUGUCAGAAUCAUAAAUAUAAAUGUUACAUCAGUAUCCUAGUUGUGGUGGAAGCAAAGAAAAGAUUACCACAGACCUGACAUACGACCAAAAUGGCUCCGCACGUGUGCAUGUUGAGUUUGUCUAUCCCACCAGACAUGAUCAGGACAAGCAGGUUGAAAUAUCAAAACGAACUCUGAACCAACUAUAUUCAUUUGGGGACAGCUUGAAACAUUUAUCUAGCCAGCUUGCUGUUGCUAGCAACUUGUCCUGGGAUAUUAACAUUGGUUUGUUAUUUUACUUGAAAUGUACACGGUCUCUUUUUUGAUGGAUCUUUGUAGAAUAUCGACCAAUUUUUAGUCACAUGAAAUUGUGUUCUCUCUACUCUGACAAGGGGUCCACAGAUAAAGGGGAAACCUAUAUAGUUUCUAGUAAUCUCUCCUAGUUCAGUCUUGUGGGGGGGCUAUAGGACAGGCUCGUUGGAAUGGAAUUAAUGGAACGAUAUUACACAUGGAAACAACAUUUUUUUUAUUCUGUUCCAUGUAUUUCACUGCUGGAGCUGAGAACAAUGUAGCUGCCUGACUCGCCCUGUAUCCUCACCCUACCUUCCAACCUCCAUCUCUCUCCCUGAUUCCGUCUCUCCUUUCAUAAAACAAAACCAUAGAUUGUUAACUACCGCAUGUGUGUCAUGGAUCAAGAAUGAGAAACAUGGAGUCAAUUUCAAUUUUUCUCGUCCUCCAUGCUUCGGUUUUGUAUAUAUUUCUUUCCCUGCAGACAGGAAAUUCGAGACAUAUACAGGAUGCUACCCUCCACAGCAUAACCUUCACUCCAGAUCAAAAAUCCAAACUUACAACCUAAUUUUGGACUAAAGGACCUGGAAGGAUUAAUGCUACUAUCCAACCUGGAACUGAGACAGACCAGAUAAAACUUCAAUUAGCACUGACGUGUGAGGUGUCAAAGCCUUUGAGCCCAACAAAUGGCAGGCUACCCCACCCAAAUCCAGAGGCCUUGAAGCCCCCUCCUGCUGUUCAGAGACCAUCUACUGGCAUUUUCUACAAUAGAUCUGCCUCCAGAAAAACGCUUCUUCUAAGUGGGUGUGACACCUACUUCCAUUGCCUGCUGCACUGCUGCUUGGAUUCCACCUGGCGAUCUGUUUACCGUCUGUCCUGGUUGUCUCCCCUGGUACAGGUACCACCCCCCCCCCCCCGAGCUUUCGCUCACCUCCAGCUCACAGGCACUGUUGGGGCGAGUGACUCUGACCUUCUAAUGGCUAGUCCCAAGUCGUUAUUUUUUUGCUUGUGCAUUUUUGCUUUUUGUCUCAUGAUUCCUUCAUGCUUUGUUCACUGAACUUUCUUGUUUACCCAACCGUGGGACAGACUGUUUGUUCCCACACAUGGGACUCUGACUCUCUAUUGGUUACAUGGACUCUUGGCCUCCCAUCCUAUUCUAACCACCUCUCGCCGGCUUUGUAUUCAUGUUACCGGAUGAAAUUGCUGUGUAAUAUGAUCUUGUUGCCAUCUGAUGCACAUUCAAAUGUAAUAAAUCAACACUGCAGAGCUCUCCCUGUCCUCUACCGUGCCUUGAUUUUAUUACUGUUGAUGAUAUCUGGAAAUGUGCAUGUACACCCUAUCUACUGUUGCUAGCCCCAAUUCUUGUGCUCUGAUAUCUGUUUCACUGAUUUCUACUCUUUUAAAAGCCUGGGUAUUCUGCACAUUAACACUAGAAGCUUAUUACCUAAAAUCGGUCAAUUGAAAGUGUGGGUUCACAGCUCCAAUCCAGGUGUUGAUCAUUACUGAGACGUGUUUUGAAUACUAAUGUUAACCCUUUUUGGUUAUAACCUUUUUUGGCCAGACAGAUCUUCCAAAGUUGGAGUGGCAAUCUUUACCAAGAAUCACCUUCUGUGCUCAGUUUCCACCAAGUCUGUCCCCAAACAAUUUGAUUUGCUUAUUUUAAGCAUUAAACUUUCAAAUAGCUCUUUGACUGUUGCUGGGUGUUAUCAUCCUCCAUCAACACCAGCCUGUACCCUACCUGCCCUAAGUUCUCUCCUGGUCCCUUACACUAAGUCUGAAUUUGUCCUGCCAGGUGACCUAAACUGGGACAUGCUUACAUCAAAUAAUCCCAAUAGGUAUCAGUCUGACGUUUUCUGUAAUGACCUUAGUGAUCACUGUUUUACAGUCUGUGUUCCUAAUGGCUGCUCAGUGAAACGACGUGUCCUGAUUUGUCAUAGACACUUGCUAAAAAAUGUUAAUGAGCAAACCUUCAUGACCUGGCCUUUUUUAAAAUUGGUAUAGAAUUAGCUUGAUCCCCUCUGAAGAUGCUUAGUCCUUUUAUUUUUGGAUAAUUUUAGUGAUAUUGUUAACAAACACAGCCCCAUAAAGAGAAAUUAGCAUUUAAAACAGUUUAAGCCCUUGGUUCGACCGUUAUCUUGCAGAGUUACUCCACCUCCAAUAAUUGCAUUUGGCAAAAGGCUCUGCACACGCAUACUCAAGCUGAUUGGCUCUUGUUCAGGCAAAUGAGAAAUAAGUGCACUUAGGCUAUCCGGAAGGCCAAAGUUCCUUUAAGGAGCAGUUCACACUGUGGGUCUAACUCAAAGUUCUGGGAAAAUGGAUUCUAACUGUUAUAGGCCUAUUUCUAUUUUGCCCUGUUUAUCAAAAGUGUUGGAAAAACUUGUCAAUAAUCGACUGGCUUCCUUGAUGUCUAUUAUUCUCUCUGGUUUGGCUCAGGUUAUGGAUGUCCCUUUCAACCUUAAAGGGCCUCAAUGAUGUCACCAUUUCCCUUGAUUCUAAGCAAUGUCGUGCUGCUAUUUUUAUUGACUUGGCCAAAGCUUUUGAUACGGUAGACCAUUCCAUUCUUGUGGGCCGGCUAAGGAGUAUUGGUGUCUCUGAGGGGUCUUUGCUCUGGUUUUCUAACUACCUCUCUGAGUGCAGUGCAUAAAGAGAACAUCUGCUGUCUCAGCCACUGCCUGUCACCAAGGGUGUACUCCAAGGGUUGAUCCUAGGCCCCACGCUCUUCUCAAUUUACAUCAACAUAAUAGCUCCGGCAGUAGGAAGCUCUCUCAUCCAUUUAUUUGCAGAUGAUAGUCUUAUACUCAGCUGGCCCCUCCUUGGAUUUUGUGUUAAACGCUCUACACCAUUUCUUUCUUAGUGUCCAAGAUUUCUCUCCCCUUAACCUUGUUUUCAACUCCUCCAAAACAAAGGUCAUGUGGUUUGUUAAGAAGAAUGCCCCUCUCCCCACAGGUGUGAUUGCUACCUCUUGAGUCACCUCAUACAAGUACUUGGGAGUAUGGCUGUCCUUCGCGGUACACUGUCCUUCUCUCAGCACAUGCCAAAGCUGCAGGCUAAAGUUAAAUCUAUACUUGGUUUCUUCUAUCGUAAUCGUUCCUCUUUCACCCCACCUGCCAAACUAACCCUGAUUCAGAUGACCAUCUUACCCAUGCUAGGUUAUGGGGACAUAAUUUAUAGAUCAGCAGUUAAGGGUGCUCUCUAGCGGCUAGAUGUUCUUUACCGUUCGGCCAUCAUAUUUUGCACCAAUGCUCCUUCUAGGACACAUCACUGCACUUCUAUACUCUUCUGGCCAUCUCUGUACACCUGUCGCAAGAGCCACUGAUUGAUUAUUUAUAAAACCGUCUUAGGCCUCAUCCUCCACAUGCAACACCUGUUCUGCCAGUCACAUUCUGUUAAAUGUCCCCAAAGCACAGAUAUCCCUGGGUCACUCAUCUUUUCACUUCUCUGCAGCUUGCCACUUGUGCUGUUUGUACCAUGUGUUGUGCUGCUACCAUGCUAUGUUGUCUUAGGUCUCUCUUUAUGUUGUCUCUUGUCGUGAUGUGGAGGCCUUUUCGUAGGCUGUCAUUGUAAAUAAGAAUUAGUUCUUAACUGACUUGCCUAGUUAAAGAUAUUCCAUUCCAGCCGUUACAAUGAGCCCGUCCUCCUAUAGCUCUUCCCACCAGCCUCCACUACUGGUUGGCAACCAACUUUAAGGUGCAUUACUGCAACUGACUGGAGUCUGAACCUCUCACCUUUCAAUUACCCACAUGGGUAUAUUCUCCUAAAAACCAAUAAUGAGAGAGAGGCAGGACUUGCAGCGCGUCAAGUGUCUAAAAUAGAACAAAAUACAGCCCAAGUUAUAUUUUAGUGGCUGGAUAUAGACGCUCGCUUGAAAUUAUUGAAUAACAUGUAUGUGUAAUAUGCAUGCAAUGAGUCCGGUGUGGUCAGCAUAUAUCUAGUGCCUAUUGAAGAAUCUUUUUUCCUGGGGGACUUUUGUUUAGAAUUUCCCCGACGCUCAUUCUGAACGUGAACACGCAUCACUUGCGGUACGGUUUGGAAACAUAUGUUCCUAUUCAUAUUAGCAAUAAAUAAUUUUCAGAACAUAAUAUUAAAGCUGUAAUAUAUGUGACUUUUGGGUGACCCGACCCAAAUUGAACUAAGUGUGUGUGUGUGUGUGUGUAUAGAUCUGUCAUUGAAAGCAAGCCCUAAGAAGUGGUAGAUCUGUUCUGUGUGUGCUAUUUCUAUGCUUCCCAUUAAGUUUAUUUUUUUUGCAUCUUACAUUAGGUGUUGAACACUAGCUGAAAAUACAAAAUUUUUGUUUAUGGAAAAGAUUUCACAUGGUAGAGAAUAAUUGAACACUAAACUUGCUUGUUUGAUCACAAACUAAAAUUACACAAUCUAUUAGAUUUUUAGCAACCAAGAAAUGGUGGAGCGAUUUCUGCAUAGUGCAUCUUUUUAAAUUACUACACACCUUUUUAGUGUUACUGUUCCCACACGGCCGUUUACGGAAGACUGAGGCGGCACCUGUGCUAACUAGCUACGUAGUAUGCUCAACACUUGUGUAGCGGAAGAAGGCCGCUACACAACACACUAUCGGCUGCAGCGCUGAAGCCGGUUAAAACCGUGUACAGAAAGUGUAUUUUCCAUUUUGUGAAAUUAUUUUGAUGUGAUAUGAAAGUAAAGGGCUUUAUGCUUCUAACUGUUUUUCAAUUGAGAAUCAAUUCAUGUUUUAGAUGGCGUUUUUGGCUGCCAGACGCAGUCUACCUCUGAAGAUAACCCAUAUCCUUGGACCUUCAGAAGUAACUGUAGGCUCUCCUACACUCCUUAAGAGUACAUUCUUGAGUUGGGAAAUUAUUAGUUAUCUGUGAUGGAGCAACAUUUGACAACACAGCUUCUUCCUUGGCUCCUAAGAAGAGUUGUUGGAGCAGGUUGUAAGAAGACCACCCACGGAACUGAACGCAUGUUGGUACGGUGUAUGUUCACAAACCCGCCAAUCCGGAGUACUGCUUAGGGAAGCAUAGGAGGAGCAGCAAGGCCUCAUCCCUGAGAAUCUACGUUCUCCACCAUCUGAGAGACUGGUGUGACUCAUCUCGAGAGUCCAUCCACUGGGGAGCUCCAUGGUACAGGGCCCCUGAAGGGCUGGGACCAGCACUGAGGGCCAGAGGCAGCCGUGGCGAGAUGGGGUAGGGGCUGAGGACAGAGCCAUGGUUCAUGACGGCUCAGCCCCCCACACGCCGCCAGCACAGGUGGGCACCAAUGGCCGCUCUUCUGAGAGGAAGAGGACACCGAAGGCCUGUGACUGCUGCGGGCCCAACUCUAUGCUCCAUGAUGGGAAGGCCCCACAUGGGAGGAAUCCGGGUGGCAAGUCCCGACAACGCAGGGCCCAGCCGGGGAAGGGCAAGGGCCAGGCACUGGGGGAGACCCCUAAGAGAAAGGGUGGUCGCCCAUCUUAUAAGAAGACCCCAAUGACAGAGGAGCAGGUAACAGCCAUCCGAGAGGAGCUGGAGAAAGACUCUGCUGUGGAGCAGGUAACAAACCCUUUGGCUUCACCUGUAACCAACUCUGUUGGUCAAACCUUAUUGAACUCUAUGGGUCAGAAGUUAACGUACACUAUGGUUAAACUGGUGAAUAAGUCUGUGGUUCAACCGGUAACGACAUCAGUGGUUGAGCAUUUUGCUGAUUCAAUAAUAGAGCAGGAGAGAGCCUGUGAAGGGGCUGUGUGUGAGGGGGAAAAGGCCCCUGGUUCAGUCAAACAGCCAGUUAUAGACCCUAAGAUGGAGGUCAUAAAGCAGCCCCCGCCCCAGGCUGGUGACCCAGCUGUCUUCCUUUCCAACGGUACAUCAGCUGUCCCCGAAGAGGAACCAACAGACUGUAGCGCCCCUAUGGAGGUGGAACCAUCAGCCAUAGCCUGUGUUUCCCCAGGCAUUAUUCUGUGCAGCACCCUACACACAUUUGCUCUGUGGGACCACCGAGAUUACUGCAAGAUAGGAGUGUGGGCUCAAAGACCUGAGCAGGGAAGUGCCACAGACCUAGCACAGCAGUCCCAGCCAUCACCACAACAACCCAAACCAGAAGAGGGCAUCCAUGAAGGAAUCAGAGACCUCAUCCAUGAGUUUCUGGAGCUCUUCUAUGUGACGUACGGGAGUUUCAUCCCCCUCAGUGAGACUGAUGUCUUGGAGCACCUGAAGAACAAGUGUAACACGGACUUCAUUGACAAGAAGCUAAACAUCCAUUUAGAAGUUUUGAAGUACAAAGCGGGUCUAGCCUCCAUCCCUAUGAACUGCUUUAAAGUGGACUACAACAAGCACACUCUGACCCUGGAGGACCUGUCCACACUGGACGAUCAAAACUGGGUCAACGACCAGGUGAUAAACAUGUAUGGCGAAUUGAUCAUGGAGGCUACAGAGCACAAGGUUCAUUUCUUUAACAGCUUCUUUCACAGGCAGCUGGUGGCCAAAGGCUAUGAAGGGGUUAAGAGAUGGACCAAAAAGGUGGAUCUGUUUUCCAAGAGUCUGCUGCUGAUUCCUAUCCACCUGGAGAUCCACUGGUCCCUGAUCACAGUAGACAUGGCCAACCACCACAUCCACUACUAUGACUCACAGGGCAUUGUCUUCAAAUACACCAUAGAGAACAUCAUGAGAUACAUCCUGGCCGAGGCGAAGGAGAAGAAACAAGCUACCUAUCAGAAUGGCUGGAAGAUGAUUAUAAACAAGGGUAUUCCUCAACAGAAGAACGACAGUGACUGUGGAGUCUUUGUAUUGGAGUACUGCAAGUGCCUGGCUUUAAAAGAACCGCUGCAGUUCACACAGGACGACAUGCCCAAAGUCCGCAAGAGGAUUUACAAAGAGCUCUGUGACUGUAAACUGACUGACCACAGCUGAGAAAGUACACCUGCCUUUCCAGUGAACCGUGGGUUAACAACUGUUAUUGCACAAGGGCCAUUUAACACUUUUUAAAAACUACUGGAGCCAAGGAGAAACUGAAGGAAAUGCCGUAGAGACACGACAUUUGACUGGUGACAGUCUUUUCUCUCCUUCAGAGGAGGGCCAGCGGUGCAUAUUCUGCAAUAAUUGUAUUUUUUAUUUUUUAAAUGCCCCGUUUUAAAAAAAUCAUCUUUAACGGGAGGGAGGGACCUGAGACUUUGAAUUCCUUUAGGAGUUGACGUCCACAAAGUUUCCAUUGUUGACUGACUGACCUGGGUCUGGAGCUAAAGCUGCUGCUAUAAGGUUUUAGAUGCCAGUGACGGACCUAUAUGUGCUGAUACCGUUUCCUAACUUCAGUUCUUGAAAUGUAAAUGGAAGAUUAUAUGGGACAUUGGGUGAAAUUUGAAGGUUCUUGUUUUAUAUCAUGUAAUCUCUGCCUGACUAGUGCGGUAAAGAACAAGAAGACUCAUCAAAGGCUAGCUUUUAAUUGAAUGUACUGUUUUGUUACUACUUCCGCUCUCUUGGGCUAGAUUCAAUCUGUAUCACGGACGAUCCACAUUUUACAAAUUAAAAGUAAUUUCCAAUUGCGCUGACAUGCAGCAUUUAUGUGAAUGCAGUCUCUGCGAACGCGGGAACAUUGUCUUGAAAUGUAAAUCGAGCUAUAACGUAGAUCUUUCCCGCUAGGGAUUGAAUUCCGCUCUUUGUUCUUGUGAAACUCCUUCGCAUCAAACAGCAGUUGAGACAGUUGAGCUUAGUUUCAAUGUGGAAGAUCCGAACUAUAGGGAGACUGCCUUUUUUACAUUUCAAUGUUUCCACAUUCGGUAAAUAUUACGUGUCGGCUCAAUCAGAAAUUACAUUGCACCAUUACAUUGAUCUUUCAGGAGUUAGUGGGAGAUAUUUAGUUACAAUUGGCCAUGCUACUCCACUGAAAAUGGCUUCAUAAACACUGCUCUUUCUACUUCUGUCAAAUACUGUAUACCUUAUUGUUUUUGAACAGCAUAUCUUGACAUAGUGUACUGAGGAAGAAGUAAUGCCUUUUUUUGUUUUAGGCGCUGGCAAGCUAUGGUUCUCAUUGGAGGACCACCAAGCACUUGAGCUGGUCCACAGACUGGGUGUAGUUGGGGAAACGCUGCUGUAGAACAUGUUGAAUGAAUCCAUCUAUACUGUCAUCCAUUUCAUUCCAGCACACUAGGUACCAUUAGAGAUCAUGUUCACAGCUUUCUCUGUACUAGAGUUAAAUCUGUUUAAUCUUCGUUGAGAGAGACUUUCUGGUUUUUAUUUGAUAUUGUUCUUGAUUUAAGCUGCUGUGGUAGAACCUAAAAUAUUGUAUUGCAAUUUAUUGAUGUAAUACAGGGUUAUACUUACAAAUAGAUACCCAGAGGGGUUAAAUUGGGAUUUCUCUAGAUGUGAAAACUGUCCUCAAAAUUUCAUGUUAAUGGAAGUUCCCAAUGUAUGCGUCUCAUCCUAAACGGUGGCACAGUUUCCUUUCUAAGUUGACUCCUGAAUACAUUCAUACAAACACCAUGA